UCGUUUACGAUGGAUAGGAUCAGUCUAUUGUCAGAUGAUUUGCUCUGGAAGAUAUUGUCAUUCGCUCCAACGAAAGUUUCUGUAACCACAAGCCUUUUGUCAAAACGUUGGAGUGAUCUUUGGAAACAUGUGGCAAGGCUUGUGUAUGUUCCAAAGAAAGACACUGAGCACUGGAGAGCUUCCAGUUUUGUUCACAAUUUCUUGCUACUACACAAGGCUCCUGUCCUAGAAACUCUACAUCUCUGGCUUAUAAAUUGUCGUCCUACAGAUAUUGAAACGUGGAUUCGAGUUGCAAUUGGUCGUGGUGUGCGCCAUAUUAAGUUUUACCAGUCCUCAACCAGUUUAGGGCCCAUACGGUUGCCUAGGAGUCUGUAUACAUGUGAAACCCUUGUGACUUUAACCCUAGUUUACAGGAACAUUGUGGAUGUUCCUUUAAAAAUUUGUUUCCGGUCACUCAAGACUUUUUACCUUACACUUAGGAACUUUUCAAGCGAUGAAAACGUUCAUAGGCUCUUAUCUGGUUGCCCUGUCCUUGAAUACCUAAGGGUGAUUAGACUCAGCGGCGAUGACAACGUGAAGCCUUUAACAAUCAUGGUUCCUUCAUUGCAGAGAUUACAUGCCUUGGAUGUGAAAUUUGGUGAUCAGGUUCCAAAAGAUGAUUUGGGGUUUGUGAUCCAAGCUCCUUCUUUAAAGUGGAUGAUGAUUACUAACCAGUUUUGUUCAUUGGUGAAAAUGCCCAAGCUCGAGAAGGCUAGCAUCAGGCUUCCACGUGGUGAUUCUAAGAAGCUUCUCGGAUGUCUUACCUCAGCCAAACACCUUUCCUUAUGUGUAAAACAACCAAUGGAAUCAUAUCCUAUAGGCGUCUUCUCUCAGCUCGUGUCUCUAAAACUCUGUGCAUGCUCUUCAGAUUGGUUCCGUCUUAUACUCAGACAGACCCCUAAACUCCGAGUUCUCAGAUUCCAACUUCAAGAAAAGUUGCUUCCGAACCUAUUUAAUAUUGAGAGAUUUUGCAACAGUUCCGGAGAUGUCCAGUUUCAGUGGGAGCGGCCGAGUUCUGUUCCUCAGUGUUUGAUUUCGAGUCUAGAAAUUGUUGAGUGGAUUGGUUACAAAGGAACGGAAGCAGAGAAAAACUUGGUUAUGUAUUUGUUGGAGAACUCUGGACAGCUAAAGACAAUGGCUAUUAGACCCUUAAACUCAAUCAAUUUAGAAGAGAAACACAAGAUGCUGCAAGAAAUAUCGUUUACGCGGAGGAGUUCUAGCAAAUGUCAAGUUUCAUUCACCUGA